UCAACAACAUUCAUUACGAACACCCUGUUUUUUAAAUUUUUUAUUGAUUUUUGUCAUUCUGAACUCCCGAACACUUAAUUCUGAACACCCUGUCUUUUUUCUUAUGUCCGGAGAUCGUAACGAACAUCUUUCAUCCCGGAGUCCGUAAUGAAAAGUUGGUGCGAAAUGUCCUAUUCCCGACAGAACUGAAAAUGUAAGUUUGACCGGUCCAACUUGUAACUCGCUCUAGAAAUGCGUCACCCAUCUCCUUUACACUUACGCUCUAAAGAGUCUGCAUUUAUACUUGACUCAUAGAGAACCGGAGCUGAAAAUGUGAUUCAAUUUUUCAUCAUAAAAUCAUGCGCUCAGUUUACCUGAUUUGAGCAAAUGCGAUACAUAACUAGGUAUAGUUUGAUUGACAAUACAGAAAGUGUUUCCUAAUUCUUCACCUUUUUAUUCCUGCUAGAACAGUGAAAUGAUACUUUCUUGCCGAGCAGUGUUUUCAAUAACUGGUGGAUCUCGCUUGAGCAAAAUGGGUUUCCACUUUGAGAAUUCGGUUUCCACUUUGUUUUUAGCAGGGAAAACAUGCAAAAUCCAGUGGUAAACUGUGGAAACCCACUUUGCUUAAAAUUCCCAUUAAAAACACUGUUGCCGAGAUAAUGACUAAUUAUUGCAUUCUGCUUCCGAUAUCCAUUCUGAAUAUAAUCUAUCGCUUAGUUCCCGACUGAAUUCGACGGUUUACUUGAUUAUUGGUUUAGGACUACAGAUUGUUCGAUUAGAACACACUGAAUUUCAUUCACAAUGAGAUAGCGCAAUGAAUCUCAUACUGAGAGUCAGUUUCACAUCCUCUACCACACACAUUUUUUCUCAGCACAUCAUGAUUGAAAGAUGUACAAGCAAUGUGAUACAGACCUACGCAAAUAGUAUAUUCUCAAAAAUAUGUUGGAAAUCUCAUAACAAUCCUUCAGCAGUUCUCAUUUCACAUUCUAGUUAACGACAACGAUGUUCUCUCGAGAACCAGCGACACAUCUGUUCCAUGCUAACGACCAUAAUCUUGAAAAUUUUACUGUUGUCUGGCUCGACGCUGAUAUAGAUAAAACAGAUGAUUGUCACGACACAAAAAAGCAUUUAAGGAUCAUUGCUAAUCAUUUAAGAACGUUUUGUGAUGCUGAUGAAUGUGUCGAUUAUAUCUUAUCAAUUAAAGUGGAGCAAGUGUUGUUAAUUCUGUCCGGUUCAUUCGGUGAAAUCAUUGCUCCCCUCAUCUUCGAACUAUCUCAAAUUACAUUUAUCUACAUAUUUUGUCUAAACAAAAUUAAGCACGAAACACGGACUAAUCAUCAACUAAAUAAUCAAAAUAAAAUUUGUGGUGUUUUUACUCAUAAAGACUCUCUUCUUAUUCAGCUAGCUGAGGAUGCUAAAGUUUUAUCAAACGGCAUGAUACCAAUGAAUGUAUUUAGUUUAUCACACCAUGAAAAAUCAAUUCGUGAUUUAGACAAAGAAAGCGCUGCAUUUAUGUGGAAUCAAUUGUUGAUGGAUGUUCUACUUCGCAUGCCAACAUCUGACGAAUCGAAAAUGGAAAUGUUAACCGAAUGUGAAUCAUAUUACAGAGACAAUGAUAAAGAACUCGAAAAGAUAAAGGAUUUUCGUUUAAAUUAUUCAUCUGAUGAAGCCGUGUGGUGGUACACGCGUGAUUCGUUUGUAUAUCGCCUCCUAAAUAAAGCUCUUCGAACAAGAGAUAUUGAUAUUAUAUUUAAAUUUCGAUUUUUCAUUGCUGAUCUUUAUCGACAAUUGCAAAAGGAACAUUCGAAAUUCAUGGUACGUUGCACGGAUCAUGAAUACUUCUUCACAGUCUAUCGAGGACAGCAUUUAAAAGCUGAUGAAUUACAUGAGCUAAAAGACAAUAUUGGCCGACUAAUUUCAAUGAAUACUUUCAUAUCAACAACAUCUGAGAAAGAUGUAGCUUUAAUCCUUGCUGGGAACAGUUCGUUGAGUCCCAUUUUAGAACCCAUUCUGUUUGAAAUACAAAUUAAUACGAGUAUUGGCACAAAACCUUACGCUAAUAUAAAAGAUUUAAGUGUUAUGAAGCACGAAGAUGAAGUACUAUUUUCAAUAGGGACCAUAUUUCGAAUAGAAUCUGUCGAAAAAGCAACUGACAGUGGAAUCUGGAGUAUAAAAUUGUUGCUGCACAGUGAAAGCGAUGAACAGUUAAAAGUGCUGAGUGAACAGAUAAGAGAAGAAACUGAUGGAUUAUCUGAUUUAAACACGUUAGGACGUCUAUUAAGAGAAAUGGGUGAAUACGCUAAAGCUGAACGGUAUUUUAGAAGAUUCAUAAAUAAUACGUUGCCUAAUAACCCCGACAUGGGUACACUUUACAACAACAUUGGACUGGUUUACAAUGACCAAGGAGAUUAUUCUCAAGCACUGAAAUAUUAUGAGCAAGCUCUUGAAAUCAACUUCACGACUUUGCGACCGAAUCAUCCAAGUGUUGCAACAACGUACAACAACAUUGGAAUGGUUUACAACCAUCAAGGCGAAUAUUCUCAAGCAUUGAAAUAUUAUCAGCAAGCUCUUGAAAUCAACUUGACGACUUUGCGACCGAAUCAUCCAAGUGUUGCAACAACGUUCAACAACAUUGCUGGAGUUUACAGACAUCAAGGCGGUUAUUCUCAAGCACUGGAAUAUUACCAGCACACUCUUGAAAUCAAGUUGAACACUUUGGGAACCAAGCAUCCAAGUGUUGCAACAACGUACCACAACAUUGGUGGAGUUUACAGUGAUCAAGGGGAAUAUUCUCAAGCACUGAAAUACUAUCAGCAAGCACUUGAAAUCGACUUGAAGACUUUGGGACCAAAACAUCCAAGUGUCGCAAAAACGUACAACAACAUUGGACUGGUUUACAGCGAUCAAGGCGAAUAUUCUCAAGCACUGAGAUAUUAUAAACAAACCCUUGAAAUCAAGUUGAAGACUUUGGCACAGAACCAUCCAAGUGUUGCAACAACGUACAACAACAUUGCUGGAGCUUACAGAGAUCAAGGUGACUAUUCUAAAGCAUUGAAAUAUUAUGAGCAAACCCUUGAAAUCAACUUGCAGACUUUGGGCCCGAACCAUCCAAGUGUUGCAACAACCUACAACAACAUUGGACUGGUUUACACCGAUCAAAGUGACUAUUCUCAAGCACUCAAAUAUUAUCAGCAAGCUCUUGAAAUCGGCUUGAGGAGCUUGGGACCGAACCAUCCAAGUGUUGCAACAACGUACAACAACAUUGGAGUGGUUUACACCCAUCAAGGCGGUCAUUCUCAAGCACUGACAUAUUAUCAACAAGCUCUUGAAAUCAACUUGAAGACUUUGCGACCGAAUCAUCCAAGUGUUGCAACAACGUUCAGCAACAUUGCUGGAGUGUGCAGAGAUCAAGGUGACUAUUCCCAAGCAUUGAAAUAUUAUCAGCAAGCCCUUGAGAUCGACUUGAGGAGUUUGGGACUAUCCAAGAGGAACCAUCCAAGUGUUCCAAGAACGUACAACAACAUUGCUGGUGUUUACAGAGAUCAAGGUGACUAUUCUCAAGCAUUGAAAUAUUAUGAGCAAGCUCUUGAAAUCGACUUGAGGAGCUUGGGACCGAAUCAUCCAAGUGUUGCAACAACGUACAACAACAUUGGAGUGGUUUACACCCAUCAAGGCGAAUAUUCUCGAGCAUUGAAAUGUUAUCAGCAAAGUCUUGAAAUCAACUUGAAGACUUUGGGACCGAACCAUCCAAGUGUUGCAAGAACGUACAACAACAUUGGUGGAGUGUACAGACAUCGACGCGAAUAUUCUAAAGCAUUGAAAUAUUAUCAGCAAGCUCUUGAAAUCGACUUGACGAGCUUGGGACCGAACCAUUCAAGUGUUGCCACAACGUACAACAACAUUAGACCGGUUUACACCCAUCCAGGCUGGUUUAAAGACAUCAAGGUUGGGACCAAACCAUCCGCGUGUUGCAACAACGUACAACAACAUUGGACUGGUUUGCAAUGA